AUGACAUUUUCAUUCAUCUUCACCACUUUUCGAAUUUUCAAUACUACCCUUAUCACCCAUUACCACACCCUCAAACCCAACAAACCCGAAGCUUGGUUUGUCAAAAUCGUUUCAACGCUCUUUCUUCGCUUCACAAACUCAUCUGACGCUACGUUUUCUGCUUACGUCAGUAACCACUUAACCCCUUCACUUACAUUACAAGUUAUCAAAAAACUAAACACCCCUCAAUUAGGUUUCACUUUUUUCCAGUUCACCAAACAAAGCUUGAACCUUUCUCAUUCAUUUUGGACUUACAAUUUUCUCUUAAGGUCCCUUUGUCAACAACAUCACCACAGUUCAGCAAAACUUGUUUAUGAUUCCAUGAGGUCUGAUGGGUUGUUGCCUGAUAGUAGGUUGUUGGGAUUCUUGGUUUCGUCUUUUGCAUUUGUUCAUAGGUUUGAUGUUUCCAACAAGUUUAUUACUGAUGCUUUGUGUAAUAAGGUUGAUGUAAAUGUUGUUGUUUACAAUAACUUUCUUAACAUUUUGGUUAAAUGUAAUAGGUUAGACGAAGCUGUUAGUUUGUUUAGGGAGUUCGUUAGAUUCGAUUUCGAUGUAGAUAUAUUCACAUUCAAUAUUUUGAUUCGAGGUUUCUGCGUUGCUGGAGAAAUCGACGAGGCUUUUAGAUUUCUGAAUAAUAUGAGAAGCUUUGGUUGUUAUCCUGAUGUUGUUAGUUAUAAUACUCUUAUACAUGGUUUAUGUAGAAUAUAUGAGGUUGAUAGAGCAAGAGAUUUAUUAAGAGAGAUUUGUUUAAGAACCGAGUUUGCUCCUAAUGUUUUGAGUUAUACGAUAGUGAUAUCGGGUUAUUGUAAAUUGAGUAAGAUGAAGGAGGCUUCUUCCGUUUUCGAUGAAAUGGUUACGUCGGGAGCUAAGCCUAGUGUAGCUACUUUUAAUGCAGUUAUAUAUGGAUUUGUUAAGGUAGGUGACAUGGUGUCUGCACUAGGAGUACAUAAGAGGAUGCUCUUUCAUGGUUGUUGUCCUGAUGUUGUUACUUUCACUUUGUUAAUUGAUGGAUAUUGCCGAGUUGGGCAAUUGAACUAUGGUUUGGACGUUUGGAAUGAAAUGAAAGCGAGAAACGUUUCUGCAAAUUUGUAUACUUUCUCUGUUCUUAUUAGUGCUCUGUGCAGGAGCAAUAGACUAGAAGAAGCUCGUGAGCUUCUAAGACUAUUGAAUCAGAGUGACAUUGUUCCACGGCCAUUUAUCUACAAUCCUGUCAUUGAUGGAUAUUGCAAAUCCGGUAAUGUUGAUGAAGCUAAUGCAAUUGUGGUAGAUAUGGAGAACAAAUGUAUACCGGAUAAACUGACGUUUACUAUACUUAUUACUGGUCAUUGUAUGAAAGGAAGAGCACCAGAAGCAAUUGGUAUCUUUUACAAGAUGUUGGCAACCGGUUGUUCACCAGAUGAAGUUACUAUUAGAACUUUAAGUUCAUGUCUUUUGAAGUCUGGAAUGCCUAGUGAAGCUGCCAGUGUUAAGGAAGCUCUAUUUAAGAACCAAAGUACAAAUUCAUAUAUGCAGCUCAGACUCCCCCGAGUCGCCUCCGUUGAUGUCUUCCGUGGCCUCUCUGUUUUUCUUAUGAUAUUCGUGGAUUAUGGUGGAUCCAUCUUCCCCGUAAUUUCUCAUGUACCCUGGAAUGGUAUUCACCUCGCUGAUUUAGUCAUGCCGUUUUUUCUCUUUCUCGUUGGAAUUUCACUAGCACUUCUUUAUAAGAGAAGACCACAGAGAACACAAGCUACACGGAAAGCAUUAGUUAGAUCACUUCAACUCUUUUUUCUUGGCAUUCUUCUUCAAGGUGGUUAUUUUCAUGGGAUAACUUCCUUAACUUACAGUGUCGACAUUCGAACUAUAAGAUGGUUUGGUGUUUUACAGAGGAUAUCUAUUGGUUACAUAGUUGCUGCUUUAUGUGAAAUCUGGCUUCCAACUCUGCAAUGGAAACAAAUGGGUUUCUUCAAAAGUUAUUACUGCCAUUGGUUUGUUGCAGCAAUAUUGUUGGCGAUUUACUCGGGUUUGUUGUAUGGUCUAUAUGUUCCAGAUUGGCAGUUUGAUGUAUCAGCCGCUACCUCUUCUUUGCCUCCAAUUGAUAGUGCCAAUGUUUACAAGGUGAAUUGUUCGGUGAGAGGAGAUCUUGGACCUGCCUGUAAUUCUGCUGGAAUGAUCGAUCGGUAUAUUCUUGGUCUUGACCAUCUAUACAAAAAGCCUGUUUAUAGAAAUCUUAAGGAGUGCAAUAUGUCUAGCACUGGCCAAGUUUCAGAUAGUUCUCCAUCAUGGUGUCAUGCCCCUUUUGACUCAGAAGGCAUUUUAAGCUCCAUAACAGCUGCAGUUUCAUGCAUCAUUGGACUCCAAUAUGGUCACAUUCUUGCCCAUUUAGAGGACCACAGAGGACGCAUAAAUCACUGGCUUGGCUUUUCAGUUUCAUUUUUGGCUCUCGGAUGGUUCUUGGCUAUAUUAGGAAUUCCUCCAAAUAAAUCUCUAUACACAGUCAGUUAUAUGAUGCUUAGUUCUGCAGCUUCCGGUCUCACAUUUAUGGCUUUAUAUGUUCUGGUAGACGUUUACGGUCACAGACGUUUGACAAGUGUGUUGGAGUGGAUGGGAAAACACUCUUUGAGUAUAUUUGUCCUUGUAUCUUCAAACUUAGCCGUGAUUGCUAUUCAGGGAUUCUAUUGGACGAAACCCGAAAACAACAUUAUACACUUGAUCGUCUCGCGAUUUCAUCAGAAGUAA